AUGUCCAAAGCACAAAUAGAUCUUGCUAACUUGGAUUUCAGCUGUACCUACUCAUUUGAAGAGUUCGAGUUAAUUAAUGAACAGCUCAAAACACGCUCCUUAGAAGUCAACGGGCAACCAGUCAAUUUAUUUGACCUCGACAAAAAUGGAAAGCUUGUUCCAAUGCCACAGGCCACUCACUGCAUGGAGGUUACUGUUGGAGAGAUUGUCAGACAGCUUGGUAAUUGGAACAUUCAAACUCGACAAAACGGGGAUGUAAAAACAGCACAAGGAGGGUUUGAUUUCAGUGUUGGAGGCCAAAGAACGAUUAGAGCUCCUGAUGUCUCCUUCACACCCAAAGCAAUAUCUCGCCAAUUGACUGAAUUACAACGUUGGACUUUCCAGGGUCAACCAUUCACUCCCACAUUCGUUGUCGAGGUUGGAGAUUCCCAAAGUAGUACAUCAGCGUUCAGGGAGUUAGAUGAUAAAUUUAAGCGCGAAUACUUUGCAGUUGGAACAUCUGUACAACUCGGUUGGUUGAUUGAUCCCAAAAAUAGAAGAAUCUGGGUAUACAAGCGGAAUAAACAUGGCAAUGUCUAUCAUCGUGAGCGCGUAUGGGAAGAUGUAGAGGGUGGUGAUGUUUUGCCAAGGUUCACAUUGAAGAUGCUGAUGAUUGAGGAAGCAAUUUCACAGGAAUCUUCUGAAUCAUCAUCAGAGAAUGAAGAAUUGCAAAUUGAUUGCCCUGAAUGUGACACAACUUUCUCUGAUCAUUACACUUUCAUGGAACAUUAUACAAAUGAGCAUGCUUGUAAACGGCGUAGAAACAGA